AUGUCUGUAUGUUCAUCAUCCUCACACUGCAAGACUGCCUUGCUGUUUUUUGCUACAUGCUUGUUGCAUUAUUAUUUUACAAAAAAGAAUCAUAAUUUUUGUCAAGGCAGCAUCUCACAAUCUAUCAAAUUUCAAGAAUCACAAAAGAGUUUACAAAAAAGAAUAUCAUAUCUGUCACAAGUCACCACAAGGUUUCAGUUGUCCUAUCACAAUCACCUCACAACGCGAUUCGCUGUCGCUCCUCGGCAACUCAAGAACGAGCAACUAUUGUCUCCUCGAGAAGCAGGAGAAGCAUCUCGGUUAUGGCGUGAGGACACGACGGCGGUCACACGCACUCACAGCAGCCUCAUUUAUCUCAAUGAUCGGGUCUCUCAACCCCCGCUGCAAAGCACAGGCGAGAGUUCUCAGGGGGUACAAGGAUGUCAGCCAGAAGGCUUGACCCUCCGUUUGUUCGGGUCUGGAGAAUGUGAGCCCCCGCUGGAAGAUCGCACGCGGGGGCGAGUCCGCAAUCUUUUGGUCGAUCUCAGAGAUCGGUGCCCCCGUCGGAAUUACGUGCUCAGGGGCAAGACCAAGCAAGCAAGCUGCGUGGGAGGAGAGACUCGCACGCGAGCCGGGUCAGGCAUGUAGGCUCGCGGAUGACAAUAGAGACAAUUGUGCGUUCGUGCGAGGGCCGCGGUCGAGGUCGCUGCGCGGGGAUAGCGAGAAGUUGAGGCUAUGCAGGAGGCGGGGGAUUGAAGGCCGCUCAUCGCGGUCGUGAGCCAUCGAUGUCGCGCUGCGCAGUGCGGGCGCAAUGCAGGCGCAAUGCAAAGACGCCAGCACCUAGAGCAGUUUUGUUUGCAGGGAUGUCGCGUCAUGUCCCGUGAGUUGAAAAUGAAUCAACGCACGGGCUGCUCGGCAGGAAAGGAGGCGACACGCGACGAAGGGAUGCGGGGAGGGUGGGGGUACGAGAGAAAGAGAGAACAAGGCGCCGUGUUAGACGCGCUCGGAGGGCGCAGGAACCGUGUCUGGAACGUUCCCACGAUCCUCCUGCCGAACAGUCCCUGGGGCGAAGUCGCGCAGCGUCCCACCGCGUCCCACCUCGACGAACGAUGC